AUUUGAUGUUUUCCUGGAUUUUUAAUGAGUACCCCUCAUUUGUGAAGCAGGAUACUCGGCGCUUUAUCUCCCAGGAGACUGGAAAUCUGUACAUCGCCAAAGUGGAACCCUCUGAUGUGGGCAACUACACCUGUGUGGUCACCAAUACAGUCACAAAGACCAGGGUUAAGGGUCCUCCUACUCCAUUAGUGCUACGCAGUGAUGGUGUGAUGGGUGAAUAUGAGCCAAAGAUUGAAGUUCAGUUUCCAGAAGUAAUCCAUGUUGCCAAAGGAUCCACAGUAAAACUCGAGUGUUUUGCUCUGGGAAACCCUGUACCAUCUAUAAACUGGAGGAGAGUGGAUGGAGUCCCUUUUGCAAGGAAAGUAGACAUGAGGAAGGCCAGCGGUGUCCUGGAAAUCCCCUACUUCCAGCAGGAGGAUGCUGGCACGUACGAGUGUGUGGCAGAGAACUCCAGGGGAAUGAAUACAGUAAAAGGAAAACUCUCCUUCUAUGCCCCUCCUCAUCUAAUUGAGAAACCCCAAGAUAUCCAGAAGCCCAUUGAUGACUCGCUGAUGUGGGAGUGUAAAGCCACGGGGAAGCCCAAGCCCUCUUACAGGUGGAUGAAAAACGGAGAGAAUCUGGAGGCAGUCGAGGAUCGGAUACAGGUCGCCAAUGGAGCGCUGUCAAUCAGUCGCCUGACUCUGGCCGACAUAGGAAUGUACCAGUGUGUCGCUGGUAAUAAGCACGGUGAGGUCUACUCUAACGCUGAGCUCAGAGUCAUAGCUGUUGCCCCAGAUUUCUCUCUCAACCAACUGAGGAGCCAGACACUGGUGAAGGAAGGAGGUGACGUGCUCAUCGAGUGCAAGCCUAAGAUGUCUCCUAGGGGUGAGAUCUCUUGGAGGAAGGGCAGCGAAUCACUGAGAGUGAGCAACAGGGUUUCCAUUUUGGACAAUGGUAAUUUGCGGAUAUGGAAUGCGACCAAAUCAGAUGCGGGCCUCUACACCUGUGUGGCAAGAAACCUGUUUGGUGUGGCAAGCAGUUCAGGAAGUGUCACAGUUAAAGAGCCAACCAUUAUCACCACCCCGCCGUCCACCCAGGACGUCUCUGUGGGAGAGAGCGUCGUCCUCCCGUGUCAAGUGACCCACGACCCAUCACUGGAGCUCAAGUUCACCUGGUUCUUCAAUGAGCAGCUCAUACACUUUGGUAACCAUGGCGGAUACUUUGAAAAAGUGGGCGGUCAGCAUUCAUCUGGGGACAUUAUGAUUCGAAACAUCCAGCUGAGGCAUGCUGGGAAGUACACAUGUGCCGUGCAAACUAAAGUGGACAGCAGUUCUAUUGCCACAGACUUGGUUGUCAGAGGUCCCCCGGGACCCCCCACCAACAUCCGUGUAGAAGAAAUAACUGAUACCACAGCUUCUCUGUCCUGGAGGCCUGGUCCUGAUAAUCACAGUCCAAUUACGGCAUACACCAUCCAGGCCAGGACACCAUUCUCCCUCGGGUGGCAGGCUGUCACUACAGUUCCUGAGAUGGUGGGGGGCCACCGGCUGACAGCGACAGUAAUAGACCUGAGCCCAUGGGUGGAGUACGAAUUUCGAGUCUUGGCAAGCAACACCAUCGGGACAGGAGAACCCAGCAAGUCAUCUAAACAAGCAAGGACAAAGGAGACCACGCCGAAGGUCACACCAGUUAAUGUGAGCGGAGGUGGUGGCAGUCGCUCUGAAUUAGUCAUCACAUGGGAGCCUGUGCCUGAGGAGCUGCAGAACGGGCCGGGCUUUGGUUAUGUUGUGGCCUUCAGACCUCACGGUGCCACAGGGUGGAUGCAGGCUGCAGUGCCGUCUGCAGAGGCCUCCAGAUAUGUCUUCAAAAAUGAGAGCAUCCAGCCCUUCUCACCUUUCCAAGUGAAAGUCGGGGUUUACAACAACGAGGGGGAAGGACCAUUUGGACCAAUUAUGACCAUCUAUUCAGCAGAGGAAGAGCCUGGUCGAGCACCCACUAGGAUUCGUACCAAGAGCCUGUCUGCUUCUGAGAUUGAAGUUUCCUGGAAAGCUCUGCCGUGGAACGCAAGUAGGAGAAGAGUCCUAGGCUAUGAGCUAAAGUACUGGGCCAAAAGUGAAAAGGACGAUACAGCCAGUGUGCAGAGAACUGUGGGGAAUCAAACAUCCACUGUUAUUCGCGGGGUGAGAGGCAGCACCACGUAUUACAUCACUAUGAGGGCAUACAACACCGCUGGAGCGGGACCUCCCAGCACAACUGUCAAUGUCACCACCAAGAAACCACCACCCAGCCAGCCCCCAGCCAAAGUGAUGUGGAACACAUCGAACUCCAAGAUUAUACUUAACUGGGAGCAGGUCAAAGCCCUGGAGAACGAAUCAGAGGUCACCGGGUACAAAGUGUUGUACAAAAGGAACCUCCACAGUCGCCCCAGCGUGGUGGAGACAAACACCACCUCAGUGGAGCUGUCCUUGCCGAUUGAUCAGGAGUACAUCAUCCAGAUCAAACCGUUUGGAGAAGGGGGGGAAGGCAGCAGUAGCAGACAGAUCACCAUCCCAAGAAUACCAGGUCCCAAUGCGAUCGGCUCGGCAUCCAAGGUGUCCACCCUGUCAGCCCUCAGUACAAUAGCACUGUCUUUCACAGCCAGGACAUCCUUAUGA